GUCAUCACACAUGGAGGUGCGAUGCAAGUGCCACGGCUUGUCAGGCAGCUGCCAGCUCAGGACUUGCUGGAGAGCCACACCAGACUUCAGAGUGGUCGCAUCCACUAUCAAACGGCAAUACAGGAAGGCUCUGUUAGUGGCACAAGAGGAGCUCAACAACAGUCCUUCGAUAUUAAGAGGUCGGCCGAGAGGCAGGAGGCGAGGGAAAGCGCGGCCGGCUCCGAAAACCAGCCUAUUAUUCUUUGAAAGAUCACCAAGCUUCUGCGACGUAGACCCUCGCACUGACUCAGCCGGCACGUCAGGCCGGGUCUGUCGCAUCGGUCGGACGUCCCGGACGGGGUCAUGCGACCUCCUCUGCUGCGGCCGAGGUCACGCGCUUAUCAGGAAGUCCAGCAUCAAGCCAUGCAAUUGCACCUUCCACUGGUGCUGCCGAGUCGACUGCGAGAGGUGCCGAGAUGAUAAAUGGGUUGCGAUUUGUAAGUAAUUUAGCGGAGAAUAGCGUUAAUGACACCGGCUUGUAAUGUCUCCAGAAGUAGACAAUAAUUGGCUAAGUCGAUUGAUUGAUUGUUUGAACUGACAAAUUGUUUUUUAUUUCUCUUCUGCUUGGCAUAAACCGUUUCCCAAUUCUCUUCUUUUGUAAAUUUCUAGAAUCGGGAUUUGCUGACAGAAUGUAGUCAACAUUUAAAUAGAAAGCUGUUCUGUUGAAAUUGGAAAAAUAAUUAAUGCAAACGCGCCCUAAGAAUCAUUUUCAGCUCUAAAUUUAUUAAUGUAUAUACAUUUAGAAUAAUUUAUUCUUAGCAUUUCGCAUGAAGUCGCAUAAAAAUGUAUUAGUAAUUAAGUUAACACAUUCCGUAAUUAAAUAGUCUUAUAAUGUAAACUUAGUACAGAUGUAUUAGAUACCAAAUAAUGAUCUUAAGUACCUCUUGUUUGUGCAAAUAAUGUUUCCUUUAUAUAGUAAAUAAAGGCAUUUAUUGUAAGCAGAAUAUUAGAUGAGUAGGAAAAUAAUUAUAAGGUUUAAUGGUACAAGAAACUAUUAUAUGACUAAUAUUGUAUUAUUAGAUGUAUAAAUAGAUUUCGUCAUGUUUAUAUGUGUAUAUCCGUUGUCAAUAAUUUUACAAUUUUAUUCUGAAAUACGUGCGAGGUCUGGGUAUAAAUAGUCAAUUACUAUUUACCCUGUCAAGUAGACAAUUAAAACUAUUAAACUAAAUUUUAGAAGGGGCUUGUA